GGCACUGUGUUAACACAAUUAAAGAACAAUUACGCAAUCAUGAGAAUAACAUUAGCUUUAACGGUUUUGUUAAUUAGCCAAGUGGUUGCUGAGGACAAAGAUGCUCAAGACGCUACAGAAGCAGAAGUUAAAAGUGCAAAUACAGAAGCCGCUCAACCAGCAGAAGAAGUCAACCGUGAAGCCGAAUCUUACACAGUUCCAGUAGAAGUAGUCAGCGAUGCAGUAACUGAGAGCGAAGCUGUCAGAAAAGCUGAUGAACACAAAGAAGAACAAGAACGAAUUGAACGAGCCACUACAGGUGAUGUAGAUUUCGAUGACUAUGCAGACUUAAAACUGAGUGAAGAUGAAAAACUUUUUUCUGAAACUGAACACGUUAACAACAGGAGAUCAAACGAUGAAACCUCGAAAUCUGCGAAAGAAGAUGCAGAUGUAAAAACUGCUGAAUCUGAUAAGGCAAGCGAAAAGAAAGCUGAAGAAGAUCAAGCAGAGACCAAAACUGUGUCUGAAGAUGAUGAUGUGUCAAAAAAAGGUGAAGAAGUUGAAAAGAAGGGUUCAGAAGUCAAAAGAGCUGAUGAUGCAGCUGCAGAAGAAAAGUCGGCGGUUAAAGUCAAAAGUGCAGAUGAAGACAAAAUAGAAGAUACGGAGAAAGCUGCUAAAUCUGAUGAUGUGUCUUCGUUAGUAUCUGAAAGUGAAAGUGAUUUUAAACUAUCUACGCGAAGAAUGUCGAACCCACUAGAAACGCUUGUCGAUACUAAAGCAAGAGCUGGAGACAAAUCCAGGAGUCAAGCAAGUUUCAGCGAUGAAUCGAGUGCGAUAUUUGGAUCUGGUGACUUCUCUAAAGCUGCAGAACCUUUCAGAUCCUCUUUUGAUAGCCUCGGACAUCUUGCGAGUCAAACGCUUCUUCCGCCUCUGAUGUCUCUACCCUUACAGAACAAGCAAAACUUCUUUUUGAGGCCUCCAACGCCAUUACAGCCUCCCAUGUUCGAAAUCACCACACAAAACAAUUUCAGACCCAUCCCGGUGCCUAUUCCAAACAUCCCACCUUUACAGAAAAACUUUUUGAAUUCAUACGAACAAAAACCUUUCAAUAACUUCAAUUCUUACCCAUUCCAACCGUCCCAAACAAGUGUAAGCCCAUUGUCGAACUUGCCUCACUUCGAGGAAUUCUUCAAUAAACUGCCCAAACCUUUAGAGGUGAGACCUCAAGACAACCUUCAGCAGUUUCCUAACUUUUUUAAACCAUUACAGGUUACUUACAGUGUGCCUAACUAUCUACGGUACACUCUGUAACAUUAUAAUUAUUAUUUUUUGUAAUUAUAG